UUUGUCAUUUCUAGCAUUCUACAAACGUCACACGUUACUCAAACAAAAAAAUCGUUCGUUUGGUAGUGUCAUGUCGUAGCGUUUCAGCGAUGUUUUUGGUUACUAUAUGUUUAUUUUUGUUAGGAAAAUCUUAUAUUUUUGUAAAAGGAGAUUAUUACAGUGAAUAUGAAUGCAACACACCCUUAGUUGAACGGGCCUCAAUUGAUGCCACCUCAUAUAUGAGUGAGAGAGGACCAAAAAAUGCUAUACUUUAUGGUGACUCGGCAUGGACUCCCCAGGAAAGCAACUAUUUCGAAAAGCUGAUAUUCGACCUGGGCGGGCGGUACGAGGUGCGAUCCAUAGCGACCCAGGGUCGCUCCAAAACCAACGAAUUCGUUACAGAAUAUGUGGUCGAAUACUCUGACAAUGGCAAUGACGGAUGGAGGGUUUUCAAUGACGCCCAAGGACAAAUUGAGAUGUUCAAAGGUAACACAGACUCUGACACCGUUCACAAAAACGAGUUUGAAGUACCGAUAAUCGCCCAGUGGAUCAGAAUAAACCCGACCAGAUGGCGUGACCGCAUAUCCAUGAGGGUCGAACUUUUCGGAUGCGAAUAUGUAUCAAAAAGCAUGUACUUUAACGGCAGCUCUCUGCUAAAAUUGGACCUGCUAAGAGACCCAAUCUCAGCCCUAAGGGAAACAAUUAAAUUUAGGUUUAAAACGUUUUCGGCCAAUGGGGUGCUACUAUACAGCAGAGGCACUCAGGGUGAUUAUAUUGCCCUACAGCUAAGAGAAAAUCGAAUGUUACUUAAUAUCGAUUUAGGAUCAAAUAUGGUAACCAGCGUUAGUGUUGGCAGCCUUCUCGAUGACAACAUUUGGCAUGACGUAGUUAUUUCUAGAAACAGGAGGGACAUUUUGUUUUCCGUUGACAGAGUAAUUGUACAAGAAAAAAUUAAAGGAGAUUUUAACAGAUUAAACUUAAACAGAGAUUUUUAUAUUGGAGGCGUAUCAAACAUACAAGAAGGUCUCGUGGUAGUCCAAAACUACACCGGCUGCAUUGAGAAUUUAUACUUAAAUUCCAGCAACGUCAUUCAGGAAGUCAGGGAAGCUUAUGACUAUAGUCCGGAUCCUUAUAAGUAUCAUAAAAUUAACACCCUGGAUAAUUGUCCUGAACCACAAAUUGUACCUGUAACAUUUACAAAACCACAAUCUUAUGCAAAACUGAAAGGGUACGAAGGGAUGUCGUCAAUAAAUGUAUCAUUUUACUUUAGAACUUACGAAAAUAACGGACUUAUGAUGUAUCAUAGUUUUUCAUCCUCAGGGUUUGUGGCUAUAUUUUUAGAACAAGGCAAAUUAAAGGUCCAAUUAGUCACUGCUGACACUCCUAGAGGUAUAUUUGACAACUACCAAGAGACUUUUAACGAUGGCAGGUGGCACAUCGUUGUUCUAUCCAUUAGAACCAAUGAGUUGGUGUUUAGUGUAGAUUAUAGGCCGAUGAAGACCACCAGAUUAUUAAAGAUCCAGAGUGGAGUAGAUUAUCUGUUUGCUGGAGGUCUAAGUCCACAGUUGGGUUAUUCAAACACGGUUUUUCAAGGUUUUGUUGGUUGUAUGAAAACGAUUAGUAUUGACGGAAAUACCAAAUUGCCAAGAGAUUGGAAGAAAGAUGAGGAAUAUUUUGGGACUGAACAUGUGAUCAUUGAUGCUUGUCGAAUGACUGAUUGGUGUUAUCCAAACCCGUGCCAGCAUAACGGCAUAUGCAAACAAAACACCGUUGAAUUCAUCUGUGAUUGCAAAGGCACCGGCUAUGGAGGUGCCGUAUGCCACACUUCUAUCAACCCAUUAUCAUGCCAAGCGUAUAAAAACGUGCAACAUGUAGGGCAAAAAGCUGAAAUCAAAAUUGACGUGGAUGGUAGUGGACCACUUGCCCCAUUCCCUGUAACUUGUCAGUAUGGCUCAGAUGGCGUUGUAUCUACGAUUCUACAUCACAGUAACGAAGCCACCACCUCUGUUGAUGGUUUUCAGGAACCUGGAAGUUUCGUGCAAGAUAUUCAAUACGAGGCGGAUGAUGAUCAAAUUGCUGCUUUUAUAAAUCGAUCUUCAUCAUGCACCCAACACAUUCACUAUGCCUGUAAACAAGCUAGACUGUUUAACUCUCCCUCAGAAGAGCAUAAUUUCCAACCCUCCUCCUGGUGGGUAUCGAGAAAAAAUCAAAAAAUGGAUUAUUGGGGCGGUGGUCUGCCCGGAUCACGAAAAUGCGAGUGCGGCGUCAUGGGAACCUGCAACGACCGCACGAAAUGGUGCAAUUGUGACGGAGAUGCUCCUUAUUGGCUUGUCGAUGCUGGCGAUUUAAGUGAAAAAGAUGAUCUGCCAGUCAAGCAGCUGCGGUUAGGAGACACCGGAAGUGCCUUAGAUGAGCGUGAGGCCAGAUACACCCUUGGCCCUUUAAUUUGCCAGGGAGACGAUUUGUUUGAUAAUGUUGUCACUUUUAGGAUAUCCGACGCGACUAUUGAUAUUCCUAAUUUUGAUAUGGGACAUAAUGGAGAUAUUUAUUUUGAAUUCAAAACUGCCACAGAAAACGCAGUACUUUUUCACGCCAAAGGCCCGACUGAUUACAUUAAGCUUACAAUAGUGAACGGAAAUCAGCUUCAGUUCCAAUAUCAAGCGGGUUCUGGGCCCAUCACAGUAAUUGCUGAUGUUAUUUAUAAAUUGACCGAUAAUAAUUGGCAUACAGUGUCUGUGGAAAGAAACAGAAAAGAAGCCAUGGUAGUUGUAGACGGAUCUCAAAAAGCCCAAAUUAGGGAACCACCGGGACCUGUUAGGGCUAUUCAUUUAACAUCGGCAUUAGUAAUUGGCGCUUCAACCGAUUAUAGGGAUGGUUAUACUGGUUGUAUGAGAGCUCUGUUGAUCAAUGGUAAACAUGUGGACCUCCGAGAAUACGCCCGAAGGGGGCUUUACGGGAUUUCUGAAGGCUGUGUCGGAAGAUGUGACAGUAGCCCUUGCUUGAAUAACGGUACUUGUCAUGAAAAAUAUGAUAGUUAUGUGUGUGAUUGUAGAUGGACUGCUUUUAAGGGACCAAUUUGCGCUGACGAAAUAGGUGUAAAUAUGAAAUCAAACUCUGCAGUAAAAUACACUUUUGACGGUUCCUGGAGAUCCACCAUUUCCGAACACAUUCGUGUCGGUUUCACCACCACCAACCCGAAAGGAUUCUUACUGGGAUUCUUUUCAAGCAUUUCCAAGGAAUACUUAACCAUGAUGGUGUCAAAUUCCGGCCAUUUAAGGAUAGUUUUUGAUUUUGGUUUCGAACGACAAGAAGUUAUUUACCCUGAUAAACACUUCGGGUUGGGACAGUAUCACGAUGUUAUUUUGUCAAGAAAGAACGGCGGUUCAACCCUUGUAAUAAAAGUAGACAAUUACGAACCAAAAGAUUUUCAUUUUAAUAUUAAAGAGUCUGCCGACGCCCAAUUUAACAACAUCCAGUACAUGUACAUAGGGAAAAACGAGUCUAUGUCAGAAGGGUUUAUCGGUUGUGUAUCUAGGGUCGAGUUUGACGAUAUUUAUCCGUUGAAAUUACUGUUUCAACAGAGCGGGCCUGGAAAUGUAAAAGUUUUGGGAGACCCCUUAAAUGAAGACUUUUGUGGUGUGGAACCAAUUACGCAUCCACCUGAUUUAGUAGAAACCAGACCGCCUCCAAUAUAUGAUGAGGAGAAAGUGAGGAGGGCGUAUAAUCAAACUGAUUCGGCCAUAUUGGGAAGUAUUUUGGCAGUAGUCUUUCUUAUCUUGGUAGCCUUAUUCAUAUUAAUAGGCCGUUGGAUCCAUCGUCAUAAAGGCGAAUAUAUCACCCAAGAAGACGCAGGUGCCGACGUAGCGGCUGACCCUGACGAAGCAGUGGUGCAAGGAACCACUGGUCACCACGUUCAAAAAAAGAAAGAAUGGUUCAUUUAAGUUGUAUAUUCAAGACUGUGUCAAUAGGUCCAGUGUAAAUAGGGUUACUUGUAUAUUCAGGGAACGAUUACAAUUUCUUUUUCUUGCAAAUAGCAACUUAGUCUUUGAACUAGUUCAGUUUUCUAGUAGUUGGAUUUAAAAAAUAGUAGUAAUUCGAUUUUUUUUGUUUAAUAUUAAGGCUUAAGCAAAGACUGUUAAUCUUGAUUUAUUUUAACGAUUUUAGGCACAUUGCGAGCAAAUUAAACCCCAUGUUAGUAUUUACGCAAAUUGCGAUGUGUUCGUUAAAAGCAUUCUACUGACAACUUUAUUUUAUGAUAUUGUUUUUGUGUUAUUUUAAGUUUUCCGUCCAAUUAUUUAUUCCGCCAAAAAAAAACGAUCUAACUUUAGUUUGUAUAUUUUUUGUAUAUUUUUAUUUUGUGAGGAGUUUGAAACCAAGUGAGAACAAAUAGGGACUAUUGUUGCUUGGUUUCUUUGAAUCUUUAUACAAUGACCACUAAAGUGCCUUUAUUGGCAAUAGCAACAAUUUUCUACAGUGUGUCAAUUCUUGCACUGAUUAAUUGUAGAAUCUUUUAUUUAGCGUAAUUUUUUACAAUAAAAGAUUUAUGAAAAGA